AUCCCUCCGGCCGGGUCGGAGCCUCCUUUUCCGCCGUUCCUGGGCUCGCCUCCUCGUCGCCGGCCAGCCGGUGGGCGUGCGUGGGUGGUCGCGGAGGAGAGACCAGGGAAAAAAAGCACGGGACCGUCUCAUUCUCUAUAAAUACGCCGGCCGGCGCCGCCCUCUAGAAGAUUCUGGCCGGCCGCAACCGCCAACGCCAAGGCACCCGCCCUCGGAUUCCCCCCGCCCGCCACCCCCACCCCACCCCAUCCCAAACCCACUGCCGUACGUCGCCGUCGUCACCAUCCACCUCGACUCCCCUCACUCCCUCCCCCUCUAACUCGAGACCAUAAAGGGCGCCGGGAUGGCCGCCGCGUAGGCCCCCGCGCGCGGGCAGGCGGAUGGCCGACGGCAGCGACGGGGAGGGCGCGGGCGAGAGCUGCUGGCCGGCCCCCGCCUCCGGCCACGGCGGCGGGGUGCAGCUGUCCGACGUCAGGAGGGAGAUCUACGACCGCCUGCGGGCCGUCGGCAACCAGGAGGCCCUCGCCGACCCCUUCUUCGACCGCGUGCUCGAGGACCACUACGACCGCCUCCCGCCAAGCUACUACAUCGACCUCGACGUGAACAAGGCGGAGGACGUGCUGCUCCACCGUCGGAUCCUCGCCGAGUGCGCCGACCCAGACAACCGCCCCGUCUUCCACGCGCGCUUCCUACGGUACCUUCAGGAGGACAAACCGCCAGAGGGCUCUCUGGCUCCAAAUCAAAACGGUAAUUGUGGGGGCUCCCUGGCUUCCAAUCGGAGCAACGGCGAAUUCAAAGGAUUGGAUGAGCGGCUGAUGGAAGACCUCAGCUUGGGGCGAAGAAAAGGCAUCGACGACUUUGAGGCCAUUUCUGUCAGGAGGGAUACAGAAAUUCCCCUUCUUCAUGAAAUUAUUUUUUCUUCCAAUGACAAGCCAAAGCUCCUUAGUCAGCUAUCUACGUUGCUUUCCGAUCUUGGAUUGAACAUCCGUGAAGCUCAUGUGUUCUCAACAACAGAUGGACUGUGUUUGGAUGUCUUUGUUGUUGAUGGCUGGGAAACAGAGGAGACAGAUGGUUUGCUGCAGCAGCUCAAGGAGACAGCGAAACGUAAUCCCUCAUUAUCUAAUCUAACAAGUUCAGCCUCGGAGAGAAUAAUAGAGCUGCAAGAAAAGAUUGGAGAUUCUGAAUUCGACAGGGAUCUGUUGCAGACUAAAGAAAAGAUUGCUUCUGGAUCUUCUGGAGACUUAUAUCGAGGAACUUACCUUGAUGUGGAUGUUGCAAUAAAGUUCCUUAGAACUGAACAUGUUAACGAUAAUUCAAAAGUGGAAUUUUUGCAAGAAAUAAUGAUUUUAAGGAGCGUUAACCAUGAAAAUGUCGUUCGCUUUUACGGGGCAUGCACGAAGCAGCGAAAGUAUCUCAUUGUAACAGAGUACAUGGCUGGAGGUAAUCUGUAUGACUUCCUUCACAAGCAUGACAAUACCUUGGAGCUUUCCUUGAUUCUUAGAAUUGCUAUUGGUAUCUCGAAAGGAAUGGAUUAUUUGCACCAGAAUAACAUCAUCCAUAGAGACUUGAAGUCUGCCAAUUUAUUAAUUGGUGAUGGUCAAGUUGUAAAGAUUGCAGAUUUUGGUGUCUCUCGUCAACGAUCGCAAGAGGGAGAUAUGACUGCUGAAACUGGCACCUACAGAUGGAUGGCACCUGAGGUGAUAAACCAUAAGCCUUAUGAUCACAAGGCAGAUGUCUUCAGCUUUGCUAUUGUUCUAUGGGAGUUGGUCACUUCAAAGGUCCCAUAUGAAAACCUGACACCAUUGCAAGCGGCACUGUCAGUAAGGCAGGGACUUCGCUUGGUGAUUCCCUCGGACGUGCAUCCGAGAAUAUCUAAAUUGAUUCAACGGUGCUGGGGCGAAAACCCCCAUACACGACCUGUUUUCUCUGAGAUCACCGCGGAACUUGAAGAUAUCUUGCAGCCUAUUCAGCAUGUUUCUGCAGGCUGCCUCCAGCUCCAAAGGAGGCCAUCGACAUACCAAACAGAAGAUACAGAUGAAAUCACAGCGAUAGAAAGAAGGCGCCUGCUCAAGAAGCUGGGACCUCUUUUCAAAUGGUCGCCCACUAAAAAGCGCGACAUACGGAGACCGUCUCCUGUAUAUAUGUCAUGUACAUAAAUUUUGUGAUCGGUUGUUUUGAUUCCCCCUAAAAUUCUCACAGGACGAACUGGGUUAAGUUAGCACACCCGUUCUACAUAACCUGAGUGAUAUAGUUUUAUGUUUUAUGUGGUUAUUUGUUUCGCGAGUGGGUUAUAGUUCGGUGUGUUUGAAUUUUGGUUCAUGUACGAUUAUGAGUUGGUCUUGUAAGGAACAUGAGAUGAAAAUGCCAUCAUCACAUGUUCCAUUUUGGUUAUUAUUUAAUAUAUUUUUCUUGUCUGGAACACGAUAAUUUAACAACCUUUUGCAGCUUUGUUUGCCAACAUAUUUUUGCAGGAAACAAUAACAAUUCGGUGGCCGCAGGAAUCGAGGGAAGAAAAAGUCUUGUAUGUGGUUGGGCUUGGCCCAGUAAUUACCACCACAUAUACAAUCUCAGCAAGUUCAUGAAGAAAUGCAUAUUUCUGUGUACUAUAUCUGCUUGAACCUCCGUCAGAGCUGAGAAGACAGGUUCUAUGCAACUGAGGUAUUGUUCCUCACAAUCUGCUUAUUAGAAUUUAUUGUCCUGCCAGGUGAUAAACCAUAACCCUUAUGAUCACAAGGCUUCAGCUUUGCUAUUGUUCUGUGGGAGUUGGUCACUUCAAAGGUCCAUUAUGAAAAUCUGACACCGUUCCAAGCUGCACUGUCAGUAAGGAAGGUAUGGAAAAUGAGCAUUGCUCCUUGUGUCAGGGACUUCGCUUGGUGAUCCCCUCGAACGUGCAUCUGAGACUGUCUAAUUCGAUGAUGUCGGGGUGAAAACCCCAUCACGUGACCCAUUAGAUCACCUCAGAACUGGAAGAUAUCUUACAGCAUGUUCAGGCUCCGAAGGAGUCCACCAACAUUCCAAACCAAAGAUAAUCAAAUCACAUUGAUAGAACACCAAGGGCCUGGCCCCUUUUCACAUUGUCGCGCUGAAUGCGCUUGAUUGCGUCGACCGUCUCCUGUAUCUAUGUCAUGUAUAUUGAAUUUUGUGCUCGGUCUCCUAAAAUAGACGCCGGCAGAACUGGGUUAUGUUGUCGCAUGCUUGUGCAACAUAACCUUGGUGAUGUAGUCUUAUGUGUUGCAUGGUUUUUCGUUUUUCAACUGGCUAAUAGUGAUGUACCCUUUGCAUUCUGGUUCAUGCAAUUUGAUGAGUUGGUCUUGUAAGAA